GUCACGUGAGCCACGCGGCACGCGCUGUCACUUGCAGCUGCAGUAGCGAACCAAUCUGGAACGAGAGGAAGAAGAACCCUCAGCCAAUCGCCCUCAGUGGCUAACGGCCAUUGUUCUGAGGUGGAAGAAGAAGAAGAAGAAGAACCCUGUUGCAGACCUCAUUCUGUCUCGAAUGUCGCAGCGGACGUGGCGUUCGUGAUACAACCGAGAAGAAGUCUCAACGGAAGAAAGCCACCACUGCUGCAGCAAAGACCACAUCAGGCGUGCCUGCUACAGAUCAGAUGUCGUCAAGGAAAUCGAAAGUUGAGACGAGUCCCAGCAAGGAUCCGCCGCAUGGACAGCACAAACAUUCCAAAGGGAAACCUGCUAACAAGGAACACAGGGGAAGCUCUAAGGCAACGAAGGAAAGUGAGCACUUGAAGACCAAAGAAUCGGAACAAUCACCACAUGAACCAUCUAGAAAAGGAGAUCAGCACGUCUCGUCACUGCCAUCUACGUCGGCAAGUCAGCCGCAAGAACAUCAACACGCCAAAUCUAGUCCUGGAAAGCCCGGCCUCGCCAGAAACGUCUCCAAGUCCACCAUGGCAAUCUUAGCAACCGUCGGCUUUGUCGCUCUUCUUACCACCGUCGUCGCACUGUGGAUCUACAUCAGUCACAAGAAGUCGCUGGAAAGCAAAAUGAUAGAGUGCAAGACAACGGAAUGCAAGCAAAUCCUAGGCGAAAUUGACCAACAACUGAAUAAGGGCGUUGAUCCGUGCGGCGAUUUUUACAGCUACCUCUGCCGUAAGUGGAUGACAGGACCGAAGAGCGGUUUACAUUCGGGAUUUGUACAAGAUGUGUUCGAUGUUUACAACGAUACCGUAAUAACGGCUCUCAAGUCUCCUGACGCCAUGAAGCCACAUAGAUUCGGACUGCACAUUAUGGCGAAAUUGUUUGCAGUGUGUGAGGACUACCUGGCAAACGACACAGGGACCCUCUCAGAUGCAGUGGGGCAGAUAGUCGACUUACUAGAAUUCGACAAGGUUCUCAAUCAUUCGGAAAAUGUACUGACGUACCUUAUUAAUACGUCGCUGACGCGAAAUUUGCAUUCCAUCUUCAUUGUCCGAUACCAGCGCACUGGAAAUUCGAGAUAUUUGCAAAUCGAAGUUGGAGGCACCAUUCACUCAAAGAUGUUCGCAGUCGUAACUGAGGAUCGUCCAGACACCAGCACACAUACAGAAUUUCGCACGAUAAUGAGGGAUAUGACGUUAGCAUUUUUGAAUCACCCUCGAGUGCAGUCCAGCAUCCAUCCCAAUACUAUAUUAGACCUAGAUAUCGAUGUCUACAAAGCCCUCGCUGCAAAGAACCCAACAACAGUUAAAACCUUCGAGGAAAUUGCGGAAAAUGUUGGACAAGACUUGGUGCGCGAGUUCAUGGAUGUCAUAAACAAGAACGCCCCGCGGGAUUUUCAUGUGGAGCUCAGUAGCCCAGUCAGAUUUUCCAGGCUGGCGUCUUUGAAGAACGCGAACAAUGCUCUCAAUAAAACACAUUCCGAUGUGAGAGAUAUAUACCACCUCCUCAACGUCGCGACUACUCUACUGCGAUUCACUGCGUACAGGCACCUUGCGAAGACAAACGCUGCGCUCGUUCCCUUUAUGUGCUUCCGUGCAACGAGGAUUGCCUUUACGAACACCUGGCAGUAUUUGAUAGUCGACCUGCUCGGUCGGCGAAGACGCGGAAUAGCAGCAAGGGGGCUUGCAACGCGUGUCAGGAACAUGGCCCUGGAAGAAACAGUCUUCGAAGAGUUCGCAGCCAUUGAUCGAGAAAGUGGCAAAACACUGCUGCGCAAUAUGGAAUUGCUUACCUACGGUGGUGUAGGAGUUGGUAAACUGAGCAAUUAUACUGAUUAUUCGUCGUGGACUUUGAAAGGAAACAACUCGUUUGAAAUUUUUCUUAAUGUUGGAGAACAGGAAAGAUUGAUGCUGCGCCAGACCUUGUCUCGCGAAAGGAUGGUCAGAGCCAGCAGAAGCCAGCUGAAAAAAGAGCUGAAGUUCGAUGGCGUAAGGUUCCUGACGGUACCCACAGCAUUCCAAAUUCCACCGCUUUUUUACUUCGAAGAGGUGAAUGAGAUUCCACUGUACAUCAACUUAGGAACACUGGGAGCCUGGAUCGCGAAGGAAAUGGUACGUGCUUUGACAGUGAAUCUUCGAACAUCCAGCAAAGCGACAGUCACACUACAUAAGUCUCUGACAUGCGUCAAGAAAGUUGCAACGGUGCAGGGAUUAAACCUGUCGGCCAUCACCGGAAGUGGCCUAUGGUACAGCGAAGCAGUUCUGUGGUACUACGGUCUUCGCAUAGUUCAUGAGGGUCUCAGGCGUGUAGUGCUCAACAUGGGAGAGUCUACCACUGGCGACGUCUGGAAAGAAGCGCAGCAUUAUCUUUUCAUCCGUUUCUGCAUGAUGGCGUGCACGUCCAGAGGGGGCGCUUCCGGGGGCACACCGAUGACCUUCAAAGAGCGCUGUCUGGUUCCAGUUCUGAGCAACCCAGAUUUUGUUAGUGCCUUCGGUUGUGCCGGGAGUUGUGCAAAUCAAUCGCGAGUAUGACCCUUUGCUCCGACGACGCAUACAAUAUGUAAAAGAUGCAAAGAGAAUACGAUUUGCAAUGCCCAAAGGAAGUGUCAUAUCAUGUAAGCAUCCUAUAUUUCAAUAACACAUUGUGAGUAGA